UGGUCGACCGACACAUGCACAUAAGCAGCACCUAUGUGCAUGCCUACCGCUAUGCCCUGUGGCGUGAUCAACUUUGUUCCGUUGUGUACCCCUCAGGUUUUGUUUCUCGUUAUCUCAGCAGUUUCGGGCACUGUGUAGCCGUCCCUCGUUCCAGCAGAAAUAACCACGGGGAUCAUCAUCGUCGUCAUCUUCAAGAGAACGUGGGCUUCGGUCGGGGACUUGAGGUCGGCCGGUGCGAAAGGGAGAGAGAAGUGGUUCUUGAAGGGGUAAGGAAAGGUUGACGCUGUUUUCUGCAGCCCUUGCGGGAGCACGACGGCACCCGACAAACGAAGACGGCGAUUCGUUCAACUACGACUCCGACAAUGCCCUCGCUUGUUGUCCCCUUGCACAGACUGACAGUUACGCUCGCCGAGGUGCGUCACGACGAAGGACCGUAAUCCGCACGUUCACCGAUCCGACACGGUGCCACCAAAGCUCUUGCGAAGCAAUGCUGUGCUCGAGGCAUGCCUCCAUAGUUUUCUUGCGGAGACGCGCAGUCAGUGCGCGUCUGCCCGACUACUGAUGGCGCUGCGGAGCACCCAGAGCGGCGACGAGAUUGCGCGGGGCGGCGCUGCAUAGUUCGAGUCCCUUCGUCUCGCCAUUUACACGCACGCCUUCGACCCCGCAAUGGCACCGCUGGUGACAGUGAUUGCAUUCAUGGCAGCCGUCGCCACGGCUGCAGAAAUCUAUGGACUGCAGAGGAUGCCAGAGCGCCGCGUUCGCAGGACGGUGGACGCCCUGUGCGGCAGCGAGCGGUUCGUGAACGCCGUGGUGCGCGCCCUGAUGGACGAGUCCCGGCCGCUGCUGUCGGCCACCGAGCCGCUGGUGCUGGGCGACGGGCCCCAGCACGGCGGCGUCCGGCUGCUGCGGGGCCGCCUGUGGGGCGCCGCCACGGUGCACAUGCGCGAGCCCAUGCUGCUCCGCUGCGACCCGCGGCGCAUGGCCGUCGCGGUGCACGUGGCGCUCAACAACAGCGAGCUCGCCUACGACUGGGAGGCGUCCUCCGACACCCUGCUCGGCUCUCGCGGGACGGUGUCCGUGUUCGCGCGGCACAUGUCGCUCAAGGCGGGGGUGCUGCUGCCGCGCAAGGUGGCCGGCGCCCUGUCCCCGAUCCGCGUGACGGCCGUGCGCGUCACCGAGCUGAGCGGUGCCGACGUCACGGUGAGCGGGCCGUGGCCCUUCGCCGAGCUCAUGUCGGCCGCGGCCAACCUGCUGCUCAAGAGCUUCCCGGACCAAGUGAGGGCGCUCCUGUCGGAACCCCUGCGAGACGGCCUGCAGCGCUACCUGGACGAGAACUUGGCCUAGCCGGCCGGCAGCCACUGCACGUCCCUGCGUGUCGAAUCCUUACAAAACUUCUAGAAUAAGUUCUGUUGUGUUUCUGUCGA